CGGCUCAGGAGGGGGGGUGAGGGGCUUCUCCUCUUCUCGGUUCUCUCCCGCAUAGUACCGGACCACCGGAUCAUUGCACCGAGCCGGUGUGCAGCUUUUGACGGCCGGAUGUAUGUUUAGUGUGCGGCAGUGAAGAGGAGGAGGAGGAGGAGACCGGGGACGUUUCUGUGCUCCUGUUUGGUCCUCGAGGGGAGGAGCCAGUUGUUGAUUCCACGCUGCGAAGAGAAGGCGCCGCACUGAGGGGCUAAAGGGGACUGCUCGCGGUGAAGGGGAGACCUAAAACGAUGAAGGACGUUCGGCCGGUUGAGGAGUAGCUCAGACUGAGGGAACUGCAGUGGAGGAGGAAGAAGAAGAAGAAGAAGGAAAGAAGGAAGGAAGCCCUAAAAAAAAUCACAUGACCAAGCCUUGGAAAGGUUCCAAGUUAGUGAUGUUCCCCUCGGCCAGGGAUUACCUCGUCUCUCUCGCUCUCCCUCCCUCGUACAGCAGAGCAGACGUCCAGCGCCGAGACUCCGAGCCGUGAGAGCUCCCCUGCUGCACACCCACCUGGGUGCACACACAACUCCCACUCUCUCACGCGAACACACACUCACACACACACGCACGGACACACACUUUUGCAUCCCGCUCAUGGUCGUUGGCCUGUCCUCCUCAGCUGCUGCCACUGCUCUAGUCGUAGACCAUGAAGAGGCCCAAGCAGCAGACGGGGCCGCUGAGCUUCCUGAACUUCUUCACCAGGAAGCCCAAGUCGGAGCCAAAGGUCGAGAGGCCGUUGGAGGCGUGGCCCAGGGAGGAGGUGGCCAUCACCCUGACCCCGAGCGAGCAACCACGGCAGGACCUCAGCCUCACAGCAGAAGAGGCUGGAGGCGAAAGAGAAGAAGGAGGAGGUCCGCCACCUGCAGCGGCGGCGGCGGCGGUGGCAGUCGAGGACAAUGCCGCCGCAGCUGAGUGCGCCGGCGGGGUCCUCAGCGGUUCCACCGGCGUCCUGUCCGUCUCCUCCUCCAGCCAGGAGCAGCUGUUGGACGAGCACCUGGAGGAGUGCCCACUGUGCCUGCUCAGUCAACCACGUUGCCACUUCCCGCGACUCACCUCCUGCUCCCACCGAACGUGCUCCGACUGCCUCCGCCAGUACCUGCGCAUCGAGAUAUCGGAGAGCCGGGUGGGCAUCGCGUGCCCGCAGUGCCCCGAGACGCUGGCGCCGCUGGACGUCCGCGCCAUCCUGGACGACCAGGCGCUGCUGGAGCGCUAUGAGGAGUACCAGUUGAGGCGUUACCUGGCUGCUGAUCCAGAUACGCGCUGGUGCCCCGCGCCCGACUGCAGCUACGCAGUGAUCGCUUACGGCUGCGCAGAGUGUCCCAAGCUGAGCUGUGGCCGCGAGGGAUGCGACACGGAGUUCUGCUACCACUGUCGCCAGCUCUGGCACCCCAACCAGACGUGCGACCAGGCCCGGCGCCAGCGAGCCCGCCACACCUCCGGCGGCACCGACGCCUCCACGCUCUACGUCUUCAAUGAAGAACCUGGAGGAGAUGCAGAGGAGAUCAAAGCGUGCCCUCGCUGCGGCGCCUACAUCAUGAAGACCAACGACGGCAGCUGUAACCGCAUGAACUGCACUGUGUGUGCCUGCCAGUUCUGCUGGCUGUGUAUGCAGGAGAUCACCGACGUGCACUACCUCAGCCCCUCAGGAUGUACAUUUUGGGGUAAGAAGCCGUGGUCUCAGACACGAAAGGUCCUUUGGCAGGUGGGCAUGCUGCUGGGAGCCCCGGUGGUCAUCUCCCUCAUAGCGGGCAUCGCCAUCCCGGUCAUCAUCGUGGGCAUACCAAUCUACAUGGGCCGCAAGGUCCAUGGUCGCUGCAAGAAAAACAAUAUCUCAGGAAGUAAGCACUACUUGACUGUGGCAAGUGGGGUUAUGAUGUCAGUGUUUGUGUCACCGGUCAUAGCGGCUAUCACUGUGGGUGUGGGUGUGCCACUAAUGCUGACUUAUGUGUAUGGGGUCGUCCCCAUGUCGCUCUGUAGGAACGGUUGGUGUCGACCGCAGAGUGAGCCCCCCGAAACACACAAAAUCCAACUGGAGGACUUAGCCAGCUAUCUUCUAUUCUCCCAUGUAGUCAGCGACCACUGGACGGGUCAGAACAAAUCCACGCCCAGCGACACCAGUGUCCAGGAAGUCCGAGUCAGCGUGCAGGAAGUGGGCGUCCUGCCCAGUACGAGCGCCACGCCCCCUGAGCUGGAUAGCUACGAGGAAUUGGAUGAAGCCACGAAACCCCAUGGAUACAGCCAAUCGGACUGCCAGGUGGUUAUUGUGCCUGACGGCGCGCUCAAUGACCCACAAGCGACACCUUUGAGGGAAGGGACAAACAUUGAGGUCCGUGUGGAAAUUGAGACCCAUCCCAGAGGCGCCCGGCAGUCCAGCCUCAGUAGCAUCCUGUCUAGCCGAAGCUUGUCGGUGGAGUCCCUGGGACACUCGCGGUCCCUGUCCCAAGACUACCUGUGUGCCUCAGAACUGGAGGGAAGACGAGAGGGCGGAGAAGGAGAGGAGCAGGAGGGCAGAGAGAAACCAGGAGGGGACGAAGGGACCGUCCUGCCUGUCUUUGAAAUAGAAGGUGUAUGAGGUCUUCCAAUGCAGGUUUUGUACUUUAUGGAAAUAAAGAAAUCUGUGAGCAGAAAUGUCGGUGGAUUGAGCUGAAAACCGCUGGCCAAGGUCACCUCCUGCUUCCGAGACAGGCCCUCCCACCAGUUGCCUUCUAGCUCCAGCCUCUGGGGAAGACGCGAGAGAGCAAAUUAAAAACCUGUGUUAGUGUGUGUAAGAGACAAACAGCAUGAGACUACGAGUUGAGGAUUAGAGGGGGACAGACUGGAUAGCAUCCAUCAUUCGAUCGAAAAUGGAAGCGACUGAGAGCACGUUUGUUUUUUUGUUACUAUGCUGUCUUUUCUGAAAGAGACUUACAGUACACCCCAUCCUUCAUGAAUCUAUUUCAUGAGACUCUCUCUUCUGCUAGCUGUACUUCUACACUUUUACUAACCUCACUUCUCCCCUCUCCACAUACAAAUAAAGAGACACCCACGGGCAUGAUUUUCUUUCUCAUUGAUGUCGGCAAGUAGCUGAAUAUCACAUGCUUCCCGGGCCACGUUGCAGGAUUUUUUCCUCUAACUUAAGAAAUUUAAUUGAAAUUUAAAGAAUUACCUCCAGCAUUUUAAGAAGCAUUGGUCGCACCUAAAACGGACAACUUUAAACAGACAAUGCAUGCCGCACUGUUACUCUUUGGAGAUGGCAACUGAUCUGAGAACUGUCUCUCUGUAAGUGUAAUGGAAGUAAAGUGCUCCUUGGCAUUAUGGCAGAUAUUGACUGGAUGGCUUUUAAAUACCAUUCAUUUUAACUAUUGAUCUCAAAUCCACAGUCUACCUUGGUAGAAGACAGAAGGGCAAUGUCUCGUUUACAUUUUAGUGCAGCUUUUAGCCUGCGAGAGGCUAUUUCCUCUUGAAUGUUCUUAAAUUUAAAUAGUAGCUGCAUGAUUCUAUUAGUCGCGCCGCAUCCAGGAUCCCACACACAUGUUCACAUGCGAAGCAGUCAAUGUAGUUUCUGAAAUGUGCGCUGUUGAGAGCAUUAAAUAUAAACUAAAGACCCUCUCGAAUGAUCACAGAGCACCAACAUUUCGACAGCAGCAUGCCACCUCAGGCUAAACUCUGCAAACCCCCACUAGAUGAUUCAUGAGGAACACACAGCUAUACAGGCUCUGCUUAGCUUCCUGAGUGUAAAAAUACUUGCGAGGGAUGAACUCGGACGUGAAAUGAUAAACUGUGCUGGGUUGUGGAGAGAAACUCAAUAAAAGAUUUCACCAUGAAAAACAGAAA